GUGCUUCGAUGACGAGCCCCUGGCGUUUCAAUAUUGCUGAGGGGUCACCGGAAAAUGGCGGGCUUCAGCAGUUGCGGCGCGGUGCCCUAGUACAACCACGAGCGGAUAAAGUCUCUGUCUACCAUGCGUUGGCAAUGCAGCACACUUGCUUCACCGACAGCUGCACCGCCGAAGUCGAUAUGGGGAAGCGCGCCACAAAAUAUUGUUGGCUGGGCUGAAGGACGAACGCAUGGAUAGUCGCGGCGCUAACGCUGCCUUGCAGAUCACCUACCUAAACAGUGUCGUCAUGCCUGACGAAGAAUCGUCCAGCUCCAGCAGCGAAGACGGAGACGAAGACGACAAGAGCGAUGAUGCCAGUUCUGCAGCGGACGAGGCUGGCAAGUGAGCAUUUUCCAGACUCUUGAAAUGCAUUCGCGCGACCCUGUCUCCAUUUUGUCUUGGACUACUCUUGCAGAGAGACGGUAUUGGAUGCUUCGGAUUGGUGGGAAGGGAGGCAGGAAACCUGGCGGCCCGGCUUCGCAGGCGCGAAAUUGGCCAAUCAGCGGUCGUUUAGCACUGAGACGACGCGCUUCGAGCGAGUCCGAACAUUUUUUGCAUAGCGCCUGCACGU